AUGGUGCACACGUACUUCCAGAAUGGUCAGGUGAUUCGGCAUGACUACGGCUAUAUGCCAGUGAAGAACGCUACUAGACGAGAUCCUCGAGUACACGUUGCCUACUUGACCACUUCCAGUGAAGGCUGGUCAAUGAUGGAACAAGGACAAGUAAAGGGAACACAAAUGACGUUCCAUUUGAAGCAGUUCCUGAGAAGAAGCUUUGACGUUGGAGUCCGAAAUGACUUGGAGAUCCGAGAGUUUGAACGACAAUUCGAGCUGCCCUCGUAUAACCAAAUGGUGAUGAGAGUUCGAGCGGAGACGAAUUUGGAUACCGAAGGGUACACUGCCUUCUACAAAAGACUGCUUGGAUGA